CCUUUCCAAAAUGGCCGAAGACGAGGGCUGGUCAGCUGCUUCAGCCCCGCCUCCUUCCGGCCUCUUCUCCCAAUCCCGCUGGCCAGCUGAGCGCAACCUCGAGCGGCGAUUGGCUCCCGCGUGUGUGGCGGAAGCUGGUGCACUCGGGAUCCCGGCGGGGCCGCGCGCAGAGGAAAAGGAGGCCCGGCGAGGAAUGUGGAGAGCCGGCAUGGCUGCCGGGGAAGGCCUGCCGCAGAUGCUCCGGGCGGUCCGGGAGCAAGUGCAGCAGGCGGCGGCCCGGAGGUCCCAGACCUUACCUACCAUACCACCUCGUUUAGUGGCUGUCAGUAAAACCAAACCAGCAGAAAUGGUCAUUGAGGCUUACAAUCAUGGACAGCGCAGCUUUGGAGAAAACUAUGUCCAAGAAUUAUUAGAAAAGGCAUCAGAUUCCAGAAUUCUUUCUUCUUGUCCGGAGAUUAAAUGGCAUUUUAUUGGCCAUCUGCAGAAGAGUAAUGUCAACAAGCUAAUCGUGGUGCCAAACCUAUUUAUGCUGGAAACAGUGGAUUCCGUUAAACUGGCAGAUAAGGUGAAUAGUACUUGGCAAAAAAAGAACUCUUCUGAAAAGCUAAAGAUCAUGGUGCAAGUAAACACCAGUGGAGAAAUGAGUAAACACGGGCUUCCGCCAGGGGAACUAAUCACAACGGUAGAACACAUCCUUCAGAAGUGUCCCAAUCUGGAAUUUGUUGGUUUGAUGACAAUUGGAAGCUUUGGGCAUGAUCUCAGUAAGGGUCCCAAUCCUGACUUCCAGUUGUUAAUAUCUCUGCGUCAAGAACUGUGUGAAAAGCUCAAUAUCCCAAUUGAAAAGGUUGAGCUGAGCAUGGGGAUGUCUACAGACUUUCAACAUGCAAUUGAAGUGGGAUCUACCAAUGUCAGAAUUGGAAGCACCAUCUUCGGAGAGCGCAGCUACCCCAACAAACCUGCUAGUGACAAAACCCAGAAGGAGGUCAAAGACAGAUUGGAGAAUUUGACUCUGAAGGAGAACUAAUAGCAGAGGCCUAACGGAUUCCCUCUGUUGGAGAGAAUCUGCUUGGAUACCCAGGCACUUGACUCUUCCUUUGUACUGAUUGCAGUGGAGCACUAGCAGGUAAUUGGCAGGUGUGACAGGGUGUGACAGGGACUUCAGCAGCUGUACCUUUAUUCUUGUAUAUCCAUUGAGGUUGCAUUUAUAGAAAAAAACAGCAGCACCUGUGAUUGACUUCAGUACUUUAACUGCAGUGACUUUAAAUAGCUACACUGGAUAACCAUUUGACUUAAACUAGACUUGAUCUGGGCAGAACACCAUUUCCAGGAGGGGCCAUGAUGCGUUUCUAAUCAGAGGCAUGUUUCUUGUUUGCUUCCCCUUGAAGCAAGGUUGCCUUAGGGAAAGGUUAUUCUCCACCCUUCCGCUCCCAAAGCUUUUAUGGAUCAACUUUUGUGCUUCAUCAGAAUCAGAAUCUUUGCUAUCUUUAAUCUUUUUGUGGCAUUUCAGAAAACCUGCUCAGAUUGGGUGGUUUGCUAAGUAGUCCACAGGGGAAGGAUAAAUAGGGAUCCCAAUGAAUAUCAAACCUACCCCUGGAUCUGAGAUUUGGAAGAGACUGCAGCUGAAAUUGUUCUCGUGACUUACCACUGCCGACUAGCUCUGCUGUACCAUUUGCUCUAUAAUGUAGUCUUGGGGUUUCUUUCCUUUAUUUGAAUCAAGUAAAUUUUGGAACGAUUCUGAUAGGAAGCAGGAUGGCUCUGCUUGUAAAAGCCAAGAAACCUGCUGGCUCUGCCGCCAACGUGCAGGGUGAUCUCUUAACCGUGCUGUGCCUGAUCCCUAUAUGAGAAAUGGGACUGACCUACCUCACGUGGCAAAUCGAGGGGUGGCUGGGUGCGAAACCUCUCCCCCUCGCUAUCAUCAUUCCAUAGGAAAGGCAGUGCAGCUGCAGAAUAAAGCAGCUUUCAGUGUCUGCCUAACCGAAGGCCAAGCAAGAUCUUGCAGCCAGCCAUGAUUUGCUCGCCUGUGCGUUCAUGUGCACAGAUGAGACAGAUGAAAUUGCAAGAUUGGAAGUGCACAUAUGCAAAUAAUGGUUUUCCAGGGCAAACUUUGGAAUUUCUGCAUUUUAAUGCAAAGCUCUGUCUUUCCAGGUUUGAUGUCUGGGGUGUUAGUAAAUGAUGAUGGGUUAUUUCUCCCACUGUAUAUAUUUUCCCCCAUCCUUUAAAAAGUAUACCUUGACUAAAACCUUAUUGAAACAGAAUGCAUUGCUAAAGAUCCAUUGGAAUAGUCAUCCUUCCUUCUGCAAACCCCAGUUGAUGAAAAUGUUUACCGUGGAAUCUGUUUUGUAACUCACAUAUUGACAAUCUACUUGAAAGCCUGGCCUCAUGCUAUAAGUGAUCUUGGCAGAAAUAUGUGUUAAUUUUUUUUUUUAAAAACUCCUUUUUUCCCUCUAGCAAAAUGCUUCUAGCUCUGUGCAUCUCUGGAAUAAUUUAACGGUGUAUCUUUGAGUCCAUUGCGAUAUAAAACACAUGCUUGACUCGUAGAAAGCUCCAGAUUUAAUCCCAGCACCCCCAAAUAAAAGGGUAGCAGAUUAUGGGUCUGAAUUCUACGUGGCGUUUCCAACACCCAGUAGCAAUCGUAGAAUGCAUUGGACUUACCAGAUGAGAUUCCUUACCAAGGUAAAAGCCAGUUCCCUUUAUUUCUAAAUUUGGGAGUCACUUGCUUGCUCACAUCUUUGACUCCAUCUAUAUGCUACUAACGCUGUCACGUCUGAUUGUUUGUAAACUUCAAAUGGGCAAAACGUUGCAUUCAUAGGACAACAGAUUUUGAAUCGAUGUACCUCAAACAGGCUACCUUACAGAAUGCAUCCAAAAUCCAGGAUCCUGCAAGCUUCCUACAAGGAAAGUCAGUGGGGAAGCCAGCAGGAAAUCGGAUAUCACUCCCGCUCCUUCUGCUAUUUUGUCUGCUCAUGGUCAUGCUACUUCUGUGUUUAAGUAAGGAAAUAUUUCUGAAAUGGUGACCCAACAGGGUUGUCUGGUUCUAAUAUAUAACUGCAAGGUACAGAACAUCCUGCUAGCCAAUCUUUUACAGCGCAGGUGCAAUGCUAAAUGCGGUCUAAACUGACCUAUCCCAGUCCCUGAGCUCCACAGUCCUUUCUUUGUCUUAAGAAUAAAACUAGUUGUGAAUCGAGAUACUAUGCUGCUUACUAAGCUAUUAAAGAUAUAUUUUUUUCU